AUGGCAACACUCCGAAAGGGCUUCUCAGCCCGUCUUUUGGCGCUUGGCCUGCUCCUCAUUUGUCUGGUUGCCGGCACCUUUGCCGCCCCUUUGGGUGUCGACCAUGAACUCGCCCCUCCGCCUCCGGGAUCUCCUUCUCCCCGCCGCGGACCUACCAUGAACAUGGCAAGAAGCACCAACGCCGAAGCUCAAUGGGUCUACAUGACGAUUCGAAACCAAGCUUCUUCUGGGGAAUUGUACAUCAGGAACGCCCAUCUCAAUUGGGGCAAGUGGUACGAAUACCCCAACAAAGACCAAGAGCUUUCCGACAACGACGUGCAAGCAAAUUAUGCCGGCCCAAACGGCGGAUCUAUGGGCGUGGCCGCUUCCGGUAGAGAAUGGACCUCUAGCGGCACCGAGGGCCAGUUCGACAUCUACCAUGGCAACACGAAGGUGUGCCAUGUCUACUGGGAUUGCCCGUGGAGUCACAAGCACAAUUCCUUCUCGGUUUCCGAAGUCGACGAUAAUUAUGUCGUUCAAGACACUGGUGCGAGUUUGGAUUCGGGCGCGCUUGGAUCCAUCACUAUUAAGGUGGUAAAGACCAGUGAAACGGAGGAAACCAAAUGCAUUUGGGGGUGCUAA